AUGGUGAACUUUGACCUGCAUUGGCUUCACAGCUGCGAUGGCCGAGUGGUUAAGGCGUUGGAUUUGAAAUCCAAUGGGGUCUCCCGCGCAGAUCACCUCCUGGCCGACCUGGAGAGCUGCACUUCUCCUUUGGCCAGAUGUCCCGUCCUCCUGACCUCUGAACCUCCCGAGACCUCUGACCCCACGUCAACAGACCUUCAGGACCCCACACAGGCGAGACCCCCGCCCCCCGCAUACACACCUCAGCAAACUGUUUCCUCAGCAAUGAAGUCCAACGGAUCUCAGAGUGCCAAUCCAGACAAACUCUACAGUACGGUGUGUAAGCCCCGCUCCCCCCGCACCCCUGACCCCCCUCCUCCUGCCUUCUCCUCCUCCGUGCUGGGGGGAGGACUCAGUGAGCUGGACCACCUCCUGCAGGAGCUCAACGCCACCCAGUUCAACAUCACAGAUGAGAUCCUGGCUCAGUUUCCCAGCAGCAAGAAGGACGAGCGGGACAAGAUGAAGGACUUCCAGAACUCCAAAUCAGGACCACCCUCCUCGGGGUCGGCGAAACCUUCCGCCACCUCUGCUACUCUUGAGCUCGACAAACUCAUGGCCUCCCUCUCAGACUUCAAAGUCCAGAGCACACCUGUUGUCCCUGUCAGUCCUGUUGUAACAUCCACACAGCAACCAGCCCCGCCCCCUCAGGCCUCCUCAGGCGGCUCAUUGGACAGCAUGCUGGGACUCCUCCAAUCGGAUUUGAGCAGACAGGGAGUGCCCACCUCCUCCAAGGGAAACUGCUCAGCCUGUCAGAAGCCUGUCGUGGGCCAGGUGGUGACGGCCUUGGGGCGCGUGUGGCAUCCGGAGCAUUUCGUGUGCUCGGAGUGCGAGUGUGAGCUGGGCAACAAGAACUUCUUCGAGAAGGACGGACGGCCAUACUGCGAGCCCGACUACUUCACCCUGUACUCCCCACACUGUGCCUCUUGCAACAAGCCUAUUCUCAACAAAAUGGUCACUGCAAUGGAUAAGAACUGGCAUCCAGAGUGCUUCAGUUGUGUGAAGUGUAGUCGGUCGUUUGGGGAUGAAGGUUUCCAUGACCGCGAAGGAAAGCAAUACUGCCAGCAGUGCUUUUUGUCCCUCUUCGCUUCCCGUUGCCAAGGCUGCUCCCAGCCAAUCAUGGAGAACUACAUCUCAGCACUCAAUUCCCUCUGGCACCCCCAGUGUUUUGUCUGCAGGGAGUGCUACUGCCCGUUCGUCAACGGCAGCUUCUUCGAGCACGAGGGCCAGCCCCUGUGCGAGGCCCACUACCACCAAUCACGCGGCAGCGUCUGCAACGCCUGCCAGCAGCCAAUCCUGGGCCGCUGCGUCACGGCGAUGGGCGCCAAGUUCCACCCCCACCACCUGGUGUGCAACUUCUGCCUGAAGCCCCUGAGCAAGGGCUGCUUCAAGGAGCAGGAGAACAAGCCCUACUGCCACCCCUGUCACAUCAAGCUCUUCGGCUGAGCGGAGGGGGGGGGGGG